GGCGAAAGGAAUAGAAGUCGCUUCUUAUGGACGGCAAAGAUAGGAGGUCGUACAAAACUUAAGCGAAGGAAACCAGCGUUUAGGUAUAUAAUUAGCUAUGGAUUUGCCUGUUCCAAGUAUUGGUGACGUUCAUGGACUGCUGCUAGCUUUGCAGAAACAUUUGGAGUGUCCAAUCUGUCUGGAGGUGAUGAAAGAGCCAGCGUCAACAAACUGUGGUCAUACCUAUUGCAGGUUCUGUGUUUUGAAACUGCUUACACAGAAGAAAGAUGUAACACGGUGUCCACUUUGCAAUGCCAAAAUCACUAAAAGAGGUCUGAGGGAUGAUAUCUUUCUUAGAGAAGUAAUCAAAGGAAUUCUAGAAUCCAUCCAUGCUUUUGAGUGCGAUACUGGAUUCAAGUUUUCAGAUGAUUUGUGUUACCCCAAGAAAGUGAUAGAAACUGUUUCUGCUUCAUCCACAUCUAAAGAACAAUUGAUUAUUAACAGUAAGGGAUAUAGAAAUAGAUUGAAAUCUAUGAAGAAAGAAGAAGAGAGAAAUACUGAAUUGGGUGACAACUGCAUCUUGCCACAGUGCAAUGGAAAUGAAACAAGAUAUUCUCUCAGAAAGAAAAAAAACUCUAGUAAAACUGUGGUUUUGGAAAUCAAUGAGGAGCACAGAUCAGUUUCAUCUGAAGAUACUUUUAAAGAAGAGAACAUAGUCAGCUGCAUGGAUUUUGAAAGUCCUUCCUCAUCUCAAGUUGGCAACGACUGUACUAUGAAUCGAAGCCAAAACUCUUGCCACAUAGAGCAUCCUGAAACAGGUGCCAAACAUGAACCAUCCUUAAAUAUAGGUGAAGAAAUGAUGCCCUAUGACAGUGAAGCAACCGCUCUGGAAGAUUCAUUUGGUCAAUUCUCUCAGAGUGAAAUUCUUACCACACAGCAAAGGGAUGCUAUGCAAAAUAACUUAAAGCAACUGCAGCAGAAGAUGGCUUUCAUUGAAGCUGUCCUCAAAGAGGGAAGCCAGAGUAUGAGCUCUGAAGGAUGGUCAUUGGAAAGAGAGCAGACAGAAACAAGAAAGGAAAUGCAUAGUAUAUUGGAAAAAUCAGUCUCUCCCUUGGCACAUACCACCUGCUGUAGUACAAAUAAAAGGAAAAGAAAGAGUCUACUUCUGACUGGAAGGCAAAAAAUGUCUCUGGUGGCAUCUGGCUUAAACCAGAGUGAAUUGAAACUAGUUCGUAAAUUUGCCAAGAAAACUCAGAGCACUUGGUGUAAUAAAAUAACUGAACAAACAACUCAUCUAAUAAUGAAAACAGAUGAGGAUCUGGUCUGUGAAAGAACCCUGAAAUACUUUAUAGGUGUUGCUGCACAAAAAUGGGUAUUGAGCUACCAGUGGAUUAUACAUUCAUUAGAAGCAGGAAGAGUUCAUAAAGAGGAAGAUUUUGAAGUGAGAGGAGAUGUAAUCAAUGGGAGAAACCACCAAGGACCUAAAAGAGCAAGAGAAUCACCUGUUGGAAAGCUUUUCCAAGGAUUGGAGAUUUGCUGCUAUGGGCCAUUCACUGACAUGCUCCCAGAACAUCUGGAAUGGAUUGUACAACUUGGUGGUGCCUCCCUUGUGAAGCAACCUCACUUAUUUACACAUGCAACAGACUCCAUUGCUGUGAUAGUUGUUCAGCCUGAUGCAUGGACCGAAGAAACCACCUGCCAAGCGCUCCCGCUGCAAUGCAGCACUCCUGUAGUUUCACGGGAGUGGGUGCUGGACAGUGUUGCCUGCUAUCAAUGCCAGCCGUUCAGCGACUACAUCAUUUCACAGGAACCAACUUCCAUGUCUGAAUAAUAAAGUGCUUGUAGUCUGAAUAGGAGUACAGCUUUCAAUGGGUUUCUCACCUACACUGAUAAGUGAAUUUUGGAAACUGGAGAAAUAUCCAGAAGCCUGAUGAAUUGUGACAUCUUUCAUGAGAUUUCAAGUCCAGGAGCAAUCUCUAAUUUAUGCAUUUAUUUUCUUUAAUUUAUCUAUUGCUUGUCAUGUCCUGUGCUUCCAAGUGGUGUACAAAAGCAGCAUAGCUUUUGUACAGUUCAGUUAUAGUUAAAAAGUAAUAGUUGAAAUAAUAUGUAGCCCACAUUAAAGACUAGUAAUAAGGCAGAAGACUACCAACUUGAAAUGUUAUCA